CCCCGUCCUGAACGCCACCAUUGGACAAGAGGUACCACUACUAUAAACACACAGAAGAACAAGUCCCUGCGCGAGAAUCAGACCACGUCGGAGUUAUCCACGGCCGAGGUGGAGAACUUUUCCUAACUGGGUUUUAUAACUUUUGUGCUCCGCGAACAACUUUAAAAAAAAAAGUUGAAACCACGACAGGACUGUGUUUAAUCUUUUUUGUUCUGGAAGUUGCGCUCGCAUGAUUCAAGAGUCUCUCGAGAUUUGUGUUUCUACAUGGGAAUGUAUUUAUAAGGAGAAACGACAUGACGAGUAUCUGUUUACUGUGAGGUUCAACGCCGUCGAGCAGAGAGGAGUUUCUCUGGCGGGUAGCAGGAACGGCAUGUAGCACAGGAUCGAGGCACCCGUUCAUCAUCAUCCUCCUCCUCCUCCUCCUCCUCCUCCUCCUCCUCAUCCUCCUCCUCUCCGGACAUCUUUGGGAAUGGGCCAGCGCCUUGCCAGGGUGCAUCUUUCCACCCUGUGGUGUGGCUGGCGUCGUGCGAGAGUGAGGAGGGCGACGGCCAGGUCAUAGAGCCUGCCUGUCUCUCCGCUUCCUUGCCCCCAAGUGACUUUUGACCUUUGACUCAACCGGGACCUCCAUUCAGCCAUGCCCUUCCGGCUGAAGCUGCGACGCACGCGGCGCUACAAUGUCCUGAGCAAGAACUACUUUGUGACACGGAUUCGCCUGCUGGACAGCAAUGUGAUUGAAUGCACUCUUUCAGUGGAGAGUACAGGACAGGAAUGUCUGGAGGCGGUGGCCCAAAGGCUGGAGCUACGGGAGACCCAUUACUUCGGGCUGUGGUUCCAUGGAAAGACCCAGGCCCCGGCCCAUCGCUGGGUGGAGCUGGAGAAACCCCUCAAGAAGCAACUGGACAAGUUUGGCAAUGAGCCACUGCUCUUCUUCGGAGUCAUGUUCUACGUGCCCAGUGUUUCCCGGCUGGAGCAAGAAGCCACCAGGUAUCAGUAUUACCUGCAGGUGAAGAAGCAGGUGUUGGAUGGACGCCUCCAUUGCUCAGUAGAGCAGGGGAUCAGACUAGCUGGCCUAGCAGUACAAGCUGACUUUGGAGACUUCACACAGUUCAUUUCUCAGGACUUCCUCAGGGAGUACGUGCUCUUCCCAGUAGUGAACUGGCCUAAUAGCGAGGAGGUGUUGGAAGAAUGCACCCAGAAAGUCGCUGAGGAGCACAAGAGUCACUGUCGCAUGCAGAACGCUGAAGCAGAGCUGCUGUACAUCAAGGAUGUGGAGAAACUGGACGGCUUUGGGCAGGAGAGCUUUCCUGCUAAGGACAACUACACCAAUGAUAUUUUCAUCGGCGUGUCCUUCAUUGGGGUGUUUGUCAAACACAGAAAUGGCAGAUCCAUCAUGCUCCACAAGUGGAAGGACAUUGGUACCAUAGCGCACAACAAGUCAGCCAUCACAGUAGAGAUAACAAGCAGAGAUGACACCAUUAUUUUUCACAUGGAGGAUAUGGAAAUGGCCAAGUACAUCGCUCGUCUUUUCACGGCCAGACACAAAUUCUACAAACAGAACAAGAUCUGUGCAGAGCCCAAUCACUCACCUGCACCAAUCAGGAGGAGACCCACAUGGACCCACCGCCUAUCUCUGCCGCGGCCCCAGUCCUGUAACUUCCAGUCAAUGCAUUCCCAGUAUGGAGAGCAUUAUCAGGACACACAGAGCUCCCAAGACAGCAUCUUCCAUGACGACCCCUACUACAAGUCUGAGACCAGUCUGGACCGCUGCCCGGCGGACUUUCCUUUCCGUAACGGUACCGUGCCCAAUGGAAGCAUGUACAGCAGCCCCAGCUUGAGCUCCCUCAAUCAUUCCCAGACUUUUGUCCCACCCUCGCCCAUGUCCUCCAACCUCAGCAUCCCUGGCAGCGAGCUAAUGCGCCCUGACUACAUCCCCAGCCACCGCCACAGUGCCAUCAUUGCUCCGUCCUACCGGCCCACGCCUGAGUAUGAUGCUGUCAUGCGGCAGAAGCGGCGCAUAAUUCCCGCUCACCAUGACCUCCACAGCCAAUCGUUGCGCAGUCUGAACAUCAGUAAUGCAUGUGCUUACCGUCAGCCUGAGGCUCUGGUGUAUAGCCAGCCAGAGAUGAGGGAGAGGAGCCCUUAUCAUGGCCUGGGGCCCAAUCCUGGACCUUACACACCACAGAUCAGCUACAGUAAGCCAGUGUCCCAUGGCCCUCAUCAGGGAGGACCAGCCAGCAGCCAGGGCCCAUGUCAUUCACCCUGCGUUAAUGGAGGGGGAGGCAGUGGUGGGGGUGGAGGUGUAGGAAGCUCCAUCUCUCACACUGUCAGCACACCUGAGCUGGCAAAUACCAAACAACAGGGGAACAAUGCGGGAAGCUAUGCAGCUACAGCUAACAUGCUGAGAAACCACAUGUCGCGUCCUCCUCCUCCCUACCCUUCCAGCUCCUUCCGUCCGGCCACCAGCACCCCGGACCUAGCCAGCCACCGUCACCGUUGCAUGGGGGGCAGCAGUCCAGAGCUGGUUACCCGUAUGGUGCAGCUCUCAGUCAAGACAUUCCAGCCGGACAGCUCGGCCGUGGUUCACCAGUCCCUGCAGGAAGUUAGUGAACCAUUAACUGCUGCUGCAAAGCACCGCUCCACCCUGGGCAAGCGACACAGCAUGGAGGUGAUCAGCAGCAUGAGAGGAGGAGGGAUGGAGGGCAUGGUGAUGAAGGGAAUGAAUGCUCCCCUAAAUCGGAGGAAUACUCUGCGAGAACAUGUGAUGCCGCCUCAGCCUCAGUCCAUUCCUCAACCCCAGCCCCAGCCCCAGACCCCUCAGCCACAACCCCAGCCUCCAGCUCAGCAGCCACAGGAGGUGUCCAUGCAGAUGCCUGCCCAGAAAACAUCUGAGACUUGUGUAACGCCACCUGUGGCCUACCAGCAUCAAAAGACUCUCUCCAAUGCUACAAUGCUCAUACACAGUAGUGAGAGUGAAGAGGAGGAGGAAGAGGAAGAGGAGAGGCCUGAGUUGGAUGUUCAAAUCCCAGGUCUCAAUGAGGACAUCAGUAUCAGCGCUCAGCUCCAGGCUGCAUUGGCCAAGCUGCCCAACAAACCCCCUCCUGAGUACCCUGGUCCUCCUAGACCUUCAAGUAAUGCUCAAAUCCGCACCCAGAACCACACUCACCACCGAAACCAUAAUCAAGGGGCACAGAGCAACCAGGGACCAAUGGACCCAAACCAAUCCCAGGGCCGAGCAAUGAAAGCUGGGCAGUGCCCAGGUGUUAGCGGGCCUGGAGGUGGUGGUGGUGGUGCAGGUGGUGGUGGGACACUGACCCGAGGGGACCAGGGUGGAGUGAAUGGAACAGUUUUAGGUCCAUCUAUUUCAGAACCGGACCUUACCAGUGUGAAGGAGAGAGUGAGGAAGGAGCCGGUCAAAGAGAGGCCGGUGUCAGAGAUGUUCUCCUUAGAAGACAGCAUAGUGGAGAGGGAAAUCGCUCAGAGGACGCUGGAAAGACAGAAGAUGUCCGUGGACUCCAUGAAGAGGCCGCUGAUGAUGGCCGCCCUCAACGGCCUAUACGUGGCCCGAAUGCCUGUCCCUGUGAGUCCCGCGGAAGAAGGUGCCAAGGCUGCUACCGACGAACGGUGUAAGACCUUGGAGUUGAAGCUGGAAGAGGAGCGGGUCUUCACUGAGUAUGAGCAGGUGCCCAAGAAGAGGACAGACUGUGUUGUCACUACAGCAACUCUUCCCGAAAACACUGAGCGCAACCGUUUCCGUGACGUUGUUCCAUACGAAGAGAAUCGGGUUGAGCUUGUACCAAACAAGGAGAACAACACAGGCUACAUCAAUGCCUCGCAUAUCAAGGUGAUGAUUAGAGGGGAAGAGUGGCACUACAUUGCCACCCAGGGCCCACUAGCCAACACCUGUGCCGACUUCUGGCAGAUGGUCUGGGAGCAGGGGGUCAACGUCAUCGCCAUGGUUACUGCCGAGGAGGAGGGUGGCAGAUCCAAGAGUCACCGCUACUGGCCUAAACUGGGAUCCAAACACAACUCAGCCACUCAUGGCAAGUUCAAGGUGACCACCAAAUUCCGCACCGACUCGGGCUGCUACGCCACCACGGGGUUAAAGGUCAAACACCUUCUGUCUGGCCAGGAGAGGACUGUCUGGCACCUUCAGUACACUGACUGGCCUGAGCAGGGCUGUCCCGAAUAUGUCCAGGGAUUCCUCUCCUACCUUGAGGAGAUCCAGUCUGUAAGGAGACACACCAACUCCAUGUUGGACACUUCAAAGAGCCUCAAUCCACCUGUGGUGGUUCACUGUAGUGCCGGGGUGGGUCGCACUGGAGUGGUCAUCCUCACUGAGCUCAUGAUCAGCUGCCUGGAGCACAAUGAGCCCGUCGACGUUCCCACCAUGUUGUCAGGGCUGAGGCAGCAGAGGAUGCUAAUGGUGCAGACCAUUUCCCAGUACAAGUUUGUCUACCAGGUCCUCAUUCAGUUCCUCAAGAACUCCCGCCUCAUCUGAGCCUAGGGUCCAGACCUUUGACCUUACAUGAUAUGGAAGAAUGGUACCAGAGAACAUCAAUGGUCCUUUAAAUAAGCACGAGGACUGUGCAAAACAUACAGUAUAUCUGAUAGCUGGUUGGAAGCAGAUACAGAGAUCCGUUUUCUUUCUGGCAGUUUAUGAAAAUUCUAGUGGAUUUUCACACAAACUCACCUCAAGGGAGGAAACGAUUUUUGUAGGCCUGUGUAGACCCUUAUUGCUAAUCAGUAUAGUUGUUUUUCCCGUGGGUUUAAUUCUUGGACCUGGUCCUUAUGUGCGAAGAAUGAAUGUUUUUGCAUUUUCCCAAUGCGUGUCUAUAAGCCCCGUGUGUUCUAGAGAUUUCUUAACAAAUGUUUCAGUUUGGAUAGAUUGCCUGCCUGCUACAUUUCUCAUUUAUUAGUUAGCCAUUGAUAGAGAUGGCACUAUGCUGCAUCAACAGUAGAUGGCAGCAGUAUUAUGACUAUUUUCUAUACUCUGAAAGAGUUUGCCAAACAAAAGUAUUCUUUAAAUCACUGUUAAAAUUAUAAAAUGUUCCACUUAUUUUUAACAGAGUAUUGAUUAAUACAGAAAAUAUUUACUUUAACAUUGUAACAAAUGUUUUUAUUUAUUUCUUUUAAGAUUGUGGCCACCUUUGCAAUUGAAUGGAGCAUUGACAAGCAUGUUGAUCAUUGCCCUGUCACUUAUAAUUUGUACUAUAUUAUUUGGAAAGCUGUUCUUGUCAAUGUCCAAAGGAUCACUGAUAUUUUUCCUUAAUGCAUUUCUAUUAAGAUCCUCCCCCACAAGCACACAAAGUGUAUUUUAACAGUUGAUUGUUUAUUGAAUCACUGCGCCUUGCGUUCAAAUGUGUCUUAACACAUUUCUUACCUUAAAACAUUUCAAAAGUCUAAAAGGUUUUUGUCUGAUGAUUUAGAGGUCAUUUAUAAAUAUAGUUUCACAUUUUGCUGUCAAUAGAGAAUUGUGUCCUUAUACAGAAAAUACUGUAUACAAUGUAUCAUUGUGCCUUAUUGAAACCGGAAACAAGCCCUUUCUUCAUUUUAGGGUUCUAGAUGGGUUUGGUACACUAAAUUACUUUUUUUAUCUCCAAAGAUUAAAUCUUUGUAUCAGUAUUUAAUAGUUAGCGUUUUGUUAUGACAACAACUUUAACAUAUCAAAUAAUUUACCAAACUCUCAGGUAAAGAUUUGGUAGUAGGAGAAUACUGAUGUCUUGGUUUUAGUUUUGAAGGAUAAUAAUAAAAAACAAAAAAGGCAGCCGUUAGUACUAAUCUGAUCCAAACCCAGUUGAUUAUUAUGUUGCCAUUUUCCUGGAUCAUGUUUAUAAAAUUACACUCUGAAGAAUUUCCUUUUACAUGUUAUGUUAAAUAUUCUUUCUUAUUAACCUGAAUCAUGAUGCAAAGCCAGCCAUGUCCAUAGUAACUUUGUACAUAAUGGGCAUGUGACAAACGAUUUCUACAAAUUCUUUAUAUAGUUUCUUUUUUUUGACUUGGUACCUUAAAAAUACCGCGACAUAAUAAACUAUGCAUGUAUUUUUUAUAUUUCAAUGUAUAUAUUCUCAAAUAAGUAUAAGCUUUCUGCUCUCUUGACAUAUAAGUGUUUUGUUGCACUUCUGUUCUCUUUGUGACAGUAUUUCCUCACACAGCAUUCCACUGUUUGUUUAUAUUUAAUUUUUCCCCUUUAUUUUUUUUGUUGGCAAAAAUACCGAAUACCUUUUCAGAGUAUGUGUACAUAUAUUUUGUAUAUGUGUUUUCAGUGCAUUAAGUCUUUUGUUUUUCUCUCCCCAGAUAUGUUAUACUUGCUUAUUAUGCAAUAAAGCCUUAUUUUCUUUAA